UCUGAAUGUUACUCUUCAGUUGUUUACAAACAUCGAUCGUCUACUUUCGGAUUGACACUGCUCCGUUAUUUACCUGGAACGUGUCGUGCAGCUUCGUAUUGAAGGCACUUUACAUCAGUCAAGAUGAAUGGAGAUGACAGCCCAGUGAUGGUCUAUGCCCACCCAACCAUGGCGUCACUGGCUCAGGACAUCGUCGGCAGGUGUGAGGAACUCAUGAAUUUGACAGAGGGGCCUAAGAGAAGCGAUAUGAUGAAACGGUCACUAUCUUUUUCCCCAAGUGUGCCUCGAGGUGUCCAAUAUCGGAACAUUCAAUGGAAAAAGUUCAACGACGGUUUCCCAAAUAUAUUUAUAGAUGAUGUAAAGGAUAUGCAAGGCAGAGAUGUGAUUUUCAUUGGGAGCUUCCAUUCACCAGAUAUUAUAUUUGAACAGCUCUCUCUUCUCUACAUGUUUCCAAGGUAUCUAGCUCGGUCAUUUCAUUUCAUCUUGCCCUACUUUCCAACUGGCACCAUGGAACGUGUGGACACGGAAGGACAGAUUGCAACAGCUAAGACACUGGCCACACUACUGUCUGCCAUACCUUUAACCACAAAAGGACCAGCCCAGAUAUGUAUCUUCGAUAUUCAUGCUUUGCAGGAACGCUUUUAUUUCUCCGACAACAUAAUCCCAAGGUUGGAAUCUGCUGUUCCUUUGUUAAAGAACGAGACAUGCAAACUUCCGGAUGUAGAUAACAUUGUGUAUGCCUUUCCUGAUGACGGCGCCUUCAAAAGAUUCCACCUUUUUUUCCCGGAGGAGAACUCUAUCACCUGCGUUAAGAUCAGGGAUGGCAAGAAACGAAUAGUGAAGGUUAAGGACGGAAAUCCGGAGGGAAAGCAUGUUAUCAUCAUAGAUGACCUGGUUCAGACAGGAGGUACACUUAAGGAGUGUGGCCGGGCACUGCUGGAGAAGGGGGCCAAAUGCAUCAGUGCGUAUGUAACACAUGCAGUUUUCCCAAACAAAUCUUGGGAGAAGUUUAUGCAGGAUGAUGUCAAGUUUGAAAACUUCUGGAUCACAGAUUCUCUACCCCAUGCCAAAUCUAUAUGUGAAAAUGAACCAUUUAAGUUGUUGUCAUUGCGAGACCCAAUUGCUGAAAUGCUUAUGGGGUAUGACCUUAUGCCAUACUGCUAGAUCACUGCCUUAAUCUCUAGAAUAUUGAUUAACAAUAUAAACUUUUAGUUGUUGAUAUGAACUUACGAAUACAUUUUAGCAUUUUUUGAGAUAUUCUAUACUGUAAAUCACAAUGAUUUAGUGAGAUAUUUAUUUUGCAUUGAAUUAUAUUCAAAAUAGUAGGGAUCAUAGAUACACAAUUUCAAUGUCUUAAUACUUUGUUUUAUAUUGUUAUUUUGUCUCACAAGAUGAAAAAUGAAGAUGUCGGUUUUAUUUAUAUAAUUUUUCAUGAAUAAAGUACAUGUAAUUGUAGAAAGAAUGAUAAAUAAAGAUUCACAAAAAUUUGUGAUUUACAGUAUAUAAUAUAUUAUUGUAAGAUUUGCAUUCAUAUUAAUUUGUACUGAGAUUUACAUUACAGACAUGUAGUGUUUGUUAUACAGGGUGUUGUACAAUCUGAUUCAAAUCAUUUGUUCAUGGUUUACUUAUAUUACAUGUACCAGGCUAUAUCUGAAUAUCUAAAGUACUGUGAUAAGGGUCAAAUUCAGAUGACCCCUUAUUCUGAUAAAUACUCAUUAAUUAUUGACCAAUCAGAAGCAUGCUUUUCAAGUAACUUCUAGUGUUGAAACAAACAUGACUAGAUAUAAUGAGGGCAUAACAGAAAUGUAAUCAAGAAAGGUUUUAGUUUGACAUCCAGCGGAUGGUUGGUUGUUCGUUCAAAUCUCCCUUCACUCGUGAAGAGCUUAUCAGUCCAUUCGUCUGUCUAAUAAAUCCUUGUUAUCACUUUUUUUUUUGCUGGACAGAUAUUUUGGAAAUGUCAUAUGUAAUUUCUUAUCGGUCACCUGUUGUAAAUUUUAGGAGCUUGUCAAAAGAGGAACAGUACACUGAUAUUUUAUGAAUAGCACAUGUUGAUAGAACAGAUGAUGUUUUAGAAAGAAUAGGAGAAAAGAACAGAAAAUAUGUACAUUUUGUAUAUAAAGAUCAGACUUACAAUCACUUUAACAAUUGGUGGGUGCAAAAAUCUCUCUGGGACCUCUUAAUUGUAUAUUAUUCAAGUGGUUGUAAAAACGUACAAAAUGUAAUAGCACCUUUCAAAACAAAUUGAGCAUUAGAUAAAGUAGAGCCAAAAAGAAUUAAAUUGAAACAUAUAGCUGUUUUGUUCUUCUAAGACUGGUCUGGAAUAACGCUAAGAGCCUAAAGUGAGUAUAUGAAGAGAAAGAAAAUCUUGCAAUAGUCAAAAGAAAUGUCACAAUUUGGAUGAAAAGAUGCAAAAUACCCAUGAUUUCAUGUUAUGUCCAAUCAUUUAUAUUCUGAACUGUGUUGUUAUUCAAAUGCAUUGAAACGUGACAUGCAGGUUAUGAUGAACCUUGGGGACUAAAAUACCCACCAGUAGUACUAUAGUGACUAUCACCUGCGAUCUCAAAGGAUUGUACAAAAGCCACUCAAGCUAUUAUCACCUUUCAAAAUAGUUUGGUUUAAAAGUAUGAAGACACGUGUUCUAUGAAUAUUUAGUAAAGCAACAUGCAAGGCAAAGCAUGAAGCCAUGAACAUUUUAAUUGCACUGUCUUGUAUGGAAUGCUGGGAGAUAAUGUCUUAUUUUGCUGUAUUGAUAUUCACAUGUUGUAUUCAUUUUAAUGUUUUUGCAAAGUAUUGUAUAUAUUUAUUUAUUAUUCAGAAACGAGAAGCUUUAAUUCGUAUUAAACAUGGACAAUUUUAUAAACUUUAUAUUUGAUGGAAAGCUCUCGAAAGUUCAUGGGAUUGGACCAAAAUUUAGCAUCAAGAUGUGAUUUUUUUUUAUUUCAAUGUCCAAUAUUUCUAAACAGAUAUGAUUAAGUAUGCGGAAUUGUAUAUUCUGCUGUAUUGAAAUCAACCUUUGGUGAAAAAUAACUAAAUUGCUCACGUGCACCCAGAACAAGCAUUGAGGACAUUGUAAGCAUUUAUUUGACAUGCAGUCAGUUAGAUCUGUAUGAAACCAUGAAAGAAUGGAUUAAUGUAAUUUACAAUUACUUUAGGUUUUUAGUUUUCAUAGUUAAAAUACUUUAUCUCAAAGGAUGUAUGCAUUACGUGUUUUGCCUUAUAGUCAUAUGAUAUUUAAAAAAAAUAUUUACUGUAAUACGAUUAUUUUUUGUAGGAUCAUUAUUUUUUGCGAGUAUUCAGCUAAAAGGUUGCUAUUGUCAGAGCGUUCUGUUGUCACUCUUUUGUCAAUGAAAUAAAUCACAGAAGCUAAACGCAUUUAAAAUAAUAUGAUUAUAAUUACUUCAUUAUUUCUGCAAAUAUGGUCAAAAUCAAAUUAGGAUAUUGGACCCACUGAAAGAAGAAAUUUUACAAUUUUUUUUACAAAGGAAGCGGUGGUUUCUUUGAAGAUUUCAGAUUAUCAUUAACAUGUUUAAAACAACAACAUUAAACUGACACUGUAUUCCGCAAAGAUUGUCAUUUUGAAGUGGUUCUGUUUUCGCUACUUACGAGGGUCGAAUUAUAUAAAGAAAAAAAUAGAUAUAUUUAAAAUUAAAAAGAGUAACUUAAAUUAUAGUCUCUUGCAUUAUGUCCAGAGAAGCAUUGAAGAAAAUAGCAUUUACAACAUUCUCGCAAAUAUUAAAUAGUUUGUAGAUUAUUUACUUCUGGAAAUUCAUAUCGAUGUGAGGCUGGUGAUGACGAAAUAUUCUUCGCCUUGGUUUUACUGCAUGAAAAUGCGUCCCUCAGAAGCAAAGCUACUGAUAACUGAAAAAGAAUGCAAUUAAUAAAAAGUCAUGCUUAUCAAACAUACCUGUAUGUAUAUAUAGCUUUGAAGUAUCCAGAUUUCUUAAGCCUUAUGUUUUAAAUAUCAAAAGAUCAUUUUAUUUCCAUUUUAAGUCUCAUCAUGUUUACGCUGAUAAAAUUGUUAUUAUUGUUUUAAGUUGCAUUAUAGCUCAUCUGGUCCGAAGGACGGCUGAGUUUAUUCCAUGAUGUGUAUCGACCAUCAUCCGUCAGCAUUUACUUAUGUCGGUAUUCGAAAACCAUCUUCGCUAGCCAGGUCCUCGUACAAUGUUAUUUCGUAUUCAAGACGUUAGGCGGCAUCGACUAGCGACGAUGGUUCAUUACGGCAUAUCAAGUAUUUUCCCCGCUUUUGUAUGGAUCAAAGGAUUUUUAUGUCUGUAGCAUAAUUAGGUAAAAGUAACUUCAUAUUGCAUAAAAAUCCUGAUGGAGCAGAUGGACUGGGUCAAAUAGAGUAAGUCUUGGUAAGGUUGAGUGCUAUCUUUGGAAUAGGAAAGCUAUAUUUUGAAGGAAAGUUGUUCACCUUAUUUCUUAAUUGAUAGUAAAAUAUGUAUAAUAUUACAUAAACAAGCGAGUUUUUUGUAUGAUUACAGAAAUAUCCAGGCGAGCGAUACAGACACUCGGGACCUUUGUUGGUUUUGCAAUUGUCUUGUUUUAUCAAUACAAUGUAACAUAAUUUCCCCCUUUUUUGUUUCUGUUAAAAAGUUGGAACAAUUUAUUGUAGAGUUUAUUUUGCAUGUUCUGCAGAUCUAUAUAAGUUGUCUAGACAAAAUGAAUAUUAAUUAAGUUUUCAGUUGUAUAAACGUUUUUAUAAAAGUUUUGUUUAAUGCUUGCUUCUUACAUGUACAUUAUUGCUUCAAUGUACAAGGCACAUUGUACAAUUAACAAUUUCAUAUAUUCAUGUAACAGAUAUCAGUAAUAAAGAUAGUCAGAAACUGUAGUAUACGAUACAUUUGAAGUAACUUGUUUACGUAUGUUAUGUAUUUUGGUGUUAAUAACUACUAGGACGUUUCAGUAGUUAAAAUUUACGAGUUUCAAUUGGUUGUUGAAUUGAAUGAUUAUUGAUAUAUUUGAAUAAAGGCUGUCAAUAUAGCAGAG